AAUGUCAGCUAGCCUUGUUAUGUUGUUCGACGUUCUAAAUACAUCAGACGACUUGCAGUAAUAGCACCUACUCUGUCGAUUUGCCACAAAGCAGGACGAAAUCUUUGUCGAUACUGCUAUCGUCGCUAACACAGACAAAAGCCGGGUUUAGAGGUCACUCAAAGUUGGUCCGAGCCAAUACCACAACCAUUCCAAGAAUACCAUUGGUGACUGAUAAAACCAAGAGACGCGUGAACAUCAGCCAGAUCAGUCAGUAUAUCAACCAAGAUGGAUGCUACAUUUUCAGCGGGAGACUUAAUUGAGGAAGACGCAGUUUUACCAACUGAUGUUUUGAUUAAGGACAUAUUUAGUCGCUUAAGAAGAACAUCUGGAUCGGACAGACGAGUUCGAUGCUUUUCUAUGAUAGAAGAUACAAUGGAGGAUACGGAGAAUGAUAAAACGGACAGCGCUUUACCACCGGACAACAGGAGACGGCACCCAUCCCUUCAACGAUCGCUAUCGCAUGAAACAACGCUGAAAAGGCGCAAGAGGAAUGAUGUUAGGCAGAGUUUGAAUGAACAGAGCCUGUGUGCCGAAUGGGCAUCAUAUACUCCAGAAGAGCGAGAGAUCCUGAAGUUUGUAAUACUGAAAGCGGACGACGAUGGACAGUGUUCUUGCGACGGGCGUCGGAGAACGGCAAAAAAGAACGGCAAACUACAGCGUCUCAGACUUAAAAAGCCGAAAAUAUUUAGUCGAAAUCAAAACAAUGAAGUCGUGGACGCAGAAAAGGAGAAAAUCAACAAUAAUAAGGGAUCCUCCAAAUUUCCGAACUUCAUCAGGCGGUUUGUCGAAUGUUCCAGUCAAAAAUCUUCAUUACAAAGCCCUAGAAUGAACCGUAGGCAAAGUGGGUUGGAAAAGAAACACGGCUUGCCAUUCCGAGAGGUGAAUGGUGACCGGGCAAUAAGAAGACCGUCGGGGAACUCACCGCUUCAUGCUAUGAUCAGGGAUGAAAUACAGCGAUCGACGAGUAACUGCUGCUUGUCGGCAAGCAGCUUCUCUGUUGUUGAAGAAAUUGAAAAAGCCCGUAUGGAAUAUUCGAGCAAAAAGGACAAAAUGCCACGUCGGGCGUCUGAUGCACAAAAUAAAAGAAACUGCAAAGAAAGAGUGAAAUUGUUUCGGGCUAACAGCGCUCGACAAGUGCGAUCGAACAAUCGAGAAGAAAACGAAACAUUUUUUGAAAUAUUUGAGAAAUUUAGAAAAGAUCCAAUGACACUUGUUGAUGAUACGGAACUGCAUUACUAAUCAAUAUCAUAAAAUACUCGUAAUUUAUUGGUAUUAUUUAUCGUAUAGUAUUAAUUUAUUACUGUUUUGAGUAAAUUCAAAUAUUAGUUGUGUUGAUAGAGCAUUGCACAAUUAGUUGCUUUAAUAUAUAUCAAUUUUCUGAUAAAAGUGGUAUACAAAGAAAAGUGGAGUUAUGCUUAAUUCUUUAUUCUGUUAUUACAAUCAGAAGGACUCGCAAAUGGGGAUAUCGGGACUGUUAGCAAUAUAGACACCAUAUGAUAGUAUUUAAUACAGAACAAGAUGUUAUUUCGAGGCAUUUUACAAUUCUGCAAUACUAGUAAUAGGAAAGUAUUCCAUGAUAUUAUCUUGCCCAAAUCCAAAAUUUUGAGUGAGGUUUUUCUAACCUAUAUAAAAAAUGAAAACUUUUUCGGCAUUCGCUUUUGUGAGAAAUCGGAGGAAAACUAAUUUUUUGAGUAGUUGGAGGACAUAGUGAAAAACUAUUUGAGCAGACUGUUCACUUGUACUUUCUACGUCAAAAUGUCACAUAUUGAAAAACAUUGUAUCAAAAAGCACAUAUGUCUGCAUCUCCUUAUCUCCAACGCCAAUAUGCUACAAUGCCUGCCAAAAGUACUUGGAACACUCAGAAAUUUACGCUGUAUUUGAUAUCUUUCAUUUCAUGAAAAGACGCGCCUUUCAUGAAAAAAAUUGCUACUUCCGCCCCCUUCCCCCAAAAAAAUGUUGAUGAUUUAGAGAAAUACUAUAAAAGAAGCGCAAAAGAAAGUGCUUCCUAAAAUCCUAACCCCUUUGAUGGUAAACCAACAUUGUUCUGUAGGGGAGAGGGGGAUGGUUGAUUUUGACCUUGGAAAUUGAUGUCAGUGUUGCAUGACUUUCGGCAGGCAUUGUAGGUAAUUGUACCGCAUUUAUAAGAGGUGAUGCAAAAACAUGAAAGGAACAUCUAUCUAUUCACCGUAUGAAUUGGUAGUGCUCAUUGAAAAUGAUUGCGUAGGGAAGAGAGACGCGCCCAAGUACUC